AUGUCAGUUUUACCUAUAGAGGAUUCUCCGCCAUCGCCACCACUAUAUCUAGUCAAUUUUGAGAAUUACCUAAGACCUAAAAAACCAAACAAAUGUUAACCUCUUCAGCGUUUCGCAAAGCCAGUUGGUAAAACAUCAAGUCUAAGCCAAAGCUUAAGGAGAUUAAGGCUUGUCAGGUGGUAUGUUAAACUCUCAAAACGCUUCAAACAGCUGCCAUUACCCAGAUUUCUUGGAUUUCUGCGAGCCCGUAAUGACGAUGGCCUAUGUAAACGGAAAACGGGAUUUGAAAUCUACUGCGAGAUGGCCAGCAUACAUGGCUUUCACAUUUUUGUGGGCGCCAAAACAUGGCAGCGAAUUCUCUGGUGGCUACUUAUUUGCACUGCAGUGCUGCUUUCACUUAUCGUAGUAAUCAUGUCACAUUCGAUGUCGAAGAAAAUGCCCACAAUACGAUUUAUGGACUCAAUGAUGAAGCCCGCGGCGGAAGUUCCGUUUCCAGCAGUCACCAUUUGCGGCUUGAGUUCAAUUUCCAAGAAAAUAUUAAAUACCAAAGCAAUGGAAUUGGAACAGCUAACUAUGAGAAAUGUAAGUUGGCUAGAACUCCUCGAAGAUCUUGCAUCUCCAAUUUGUCCACAAAUAAAAAGUUGUCAAUGGGAUAAUCGAGGGAAAGACUGCCUAGAGAAAAUGCAGCCCAUUUGGACUGUUGACCAACGCCUGUGCUGCAGCUUUAACUAUCGUCAGCAACUUUUGAGUUCUCACUUGGGACUAAGUUUGGUUUUAAAAUCUAGUGACGAGGACCUGGAGAGAUCGACAUGGGCUGGUUUAGAGGUUCUUAUACAUGAAUCCCUCGAGAUACCCAAUGAGUUUACGCCUAGGUUACUGGUGCCAAGUGGAUCCGAGGCUCACGUAAUGCUCAGACCCUUUGUCAACAUAGUCACGGCAGGUCUGGAGAGUGCAUCGCUUCAGGAAAGAGAAUGUUAUUUCCCAAAGGAAUAUCCAUUAAUCUCAUCUUAUAAAUAUAAUCAAAUGAACUGUCAAGCUGAAUGCCGCACCGAAAAAAUCUUGAGAUCAUGUUCCUGUGUUCCGCCAAAAUCUCCUCGGCAAAAAAGUUGGAAAAUUUGUGACUUAAAGCAAAUUCAAUGCGCAUUGGAUUCUGAUCACGAUGAGAUCAUCAAAGGAGAACAAAAGCACUGCGAAUGCCUUCCGCCAUGUGAAUUCAAUCGCUAUGAAUUUCAGGGUGAUAUAAGACUAAUAAAGGGAAUGACUAAUAAUAACAAGGAAAACUCAAGCUAUUCAAAUCCGACAAAUGAAGUCCGUCUGCGUGUCUACUACGAUUCACCAAUGGCUGAGGAACUGAUUUUAGACGUCUACGAAAACUGGCUGACAUUCAUGGGAACCUUUGGCGGCAUAACCAGUCUAUUUAUGGGCUGCAGUUUUGUAUCGGUCUUCGAGCUGAUUUUCUUUACGUGUGUGCGACCCACAUGCAACUGGCUGACCAAGCAACAGAUACUUUGGCGACAACGAAGGAUUCAGAGGGUGGAACAUCAGAGGUCAUUAGGGCGGGCUAAUUAG